GCGUCGCAGUUUCCGCUUCCAAGCGGGUUGCUUUCAGCUGUUAGAAGGGUUUCCCCAGCCUCUGAAGGUCUUUUUUUAAACCUGGAUGUGACGUAUUGAAGAAGCCGACGGAAAUAGAAUCGAAAGCGUUCUAAAAUGGCGAACCGUACGGUCAAGGAUGCCCACAGCAUCCAUGGCACCAACCCUCAGUAUCUGGUGGAGAAGAUCAUUCGGACUCGAAUCUAUGAAUCAAAGUACUGGAAAGAGGAAUGCUUUGGACUUACGGCUGAACUUGUAGUCGACAAAGCCAUGGAGUUAAGGUUUGUGGGUGGUGUCUAUGGUGGAAACAUAAAGCCAACUCCUUUCCUGUGUUUAACCUUGAAGAUGCUUCAAAUUCAACCUGAGAAAGAUAUCAUUGUUGAGUUCAUAAAAAAUGAAGAUUUCAAGUAUGUCCGCAUGUUGGGGGCACUUUACAUGAGGCUGACAGGAACUGCAAUUGAUUGCUACAAGUACUUGGAACCUUUGUACAAUGACUAUCGAAAAAUCAAGAGCCAGAACCGAAAUGGGGAGUUUGAAUUGAUGCAUGUAGAUGAGUUCAUUGAUGAACUUCUGCACAGUGAGAGAGUCUGUGAUAUCAUUUUGCCCCGGCUACAGAAACGCUAUGUGCUGGAGGAAGCGGAACAGCUGGAGCCUCGAGUUAGUGCUUUGGAAGAAGAUAUGGAUGAUGUGGAGUCUAGUGAAGAAGAGGAAGAGGAAGAUGAAAAGCUGGAAAGAGUGCCAUCACCUGAUCACCGAAGAAGAAGCUACCGAGACUUGGACAAGCCACGACGCUCCCCUGCACUACGCUACAGGAGGAGUCGGAGUCGGUCUCCCAGGAGGCGAAGUAGAUCCCCCAAAAGAAGAAGCCCUUCUCCCCGCCGAGAAAGGCAUAGGAGCAAGAGUCCACGACGCCAUCGAAGCAGGUCCCGAGACAGAAGACACAGAUCCCGCUCUAAAUCCCCAGGUCACCACCGUAGUCACAGACAUAGGAGUCACUCAAAGUCUCCUGAAAGGUCUAAGAAAAGCCACAAGAAGAGCCGGAGAGGAAAUGAGUAAUGGAUUGAUUUAUAUUUUAGUCCAGAUGGCCUCCUGUAAAUAUGAGAAUAUCUGUCUAAGUGAAAUGAUCAAGAUCUCUUUAGGCAGCUAUGAGUAUUUGGGGGUUUUAAAAAAUCAAGUUAUUGUUUGGUUGGUUUU